CUCAAUUUAUGAACUUCAGCUCAAUUUUCUUUGAAAUCUGGCGCGAUCAAGGCACAAAAUCUCAUACAAACAGCUUAAAUGACACCAUCUAUGUAAAAUGAGGUGAUCGCCACUGAGUCGUCGUUCAGGAAUUGCAGAAAAGCAAGAUGGUUACUUCACCAGAAUGUAAUGGACUGUUUCUACCGCUUCUGCAAACUAUACAAGACUCUACAGCGCCGAACAGUGACCGGGUUGAUUCUUACCUAACCCUCACCGAACGGCUACGCGAAGAAGAGGAUARCUUUUUAACUGAAGUUUGUCAACAUGCGGACAGUCUUGCUGCUGUAUUCAAGAGGGAUAUCACAUCAAAACAUAUAGAACUGAGUCAAGCUGCUCUACAAACACUUGGCCACUGUCUUUACCAAGAACAAAUCGCAAGGACUUUGACUGAACAAGCUGCUAAAGAGAUUCUCUGUGUUCUUGCUGAUGUCAUAUCAAAGACGUCAGACAAAGGAGUUUGCACAAGAGCAAUGUGGUGCAUAGCAAAGCAGAACCUCCCUGUUAGUCCUUUUCAUGACCAACUUGUAAAGAUUUUGACAUCCAUUGGAUGUGCUCUCAAGAAAGAACUUCAGUCACCUACUGUUGAUAAYGAAGCUCUUUGUGUGAUAGAAAGAUUUCUUGAGCAGUUCCCCGUAAACRUCAUGAGAGAGGUUGCUUCACAUUGGUGUAGUAUUGCAUUUCCUCUAACUGUGAGUGAAGCUGGAAAGGUACGAGAACAUGCUUUAUCAGUGAUUUCAUCCAAUUUGGAUSUUAUUAUUUCUGCAAGAGAAGAAGUUGUUCAGUGGCUAUUACCAGCACUCAAAACACAACUUAUUAUUGAUCUCACCAAGCUAUGUAUUGACAAGAAAGAGCUUUUUGUAUUGAAAGUUUGGGAGUGCAUUGUCCCUGUACUUGGAAAGUCUCUUCACAGAAGUAGUUUAAUCAACGAUAUUUUAAAGCUUGUUGAACAGGGAUUUAAGAACUCCUCUGUUGCUGUACAAGUUGAGUCAUACAAUGCCUGGCAAGUGCUGAUUGACAACUUUGCCCUAUCGCAAGGUUAGCUAUGUAGUAGUAGAAUAGUAAAUCUUAUCAUGAUGCCACUCUUGAAUUCUGCUGUCAAAGAAAGAAAUGAGAAGGUAGAAUCAGCAAGGCUUGCUACAUGGUGGCAUUUUGUUUGCAGUUUUGAGCACAGCAAGCUCCUUGAAUUGUUUGAUAAGGUUUGCGUACCACUGCUACAGUUUAUUUUUGGCACUGGCAUUGAUCAUGUCAGCUUGCUAAAAUCAAAAGAGGGUUUUGGAGAUCUGAAGUGUCCUCCAACUCCAAACACUGGCAAGAGUAUUUCUUCUUUUGAAACACCAAAGGCAACUGCUCGGAGGUCUCUAAGAGAUGUUGGYACACCAAAGACACCAACUGUUAUAAAUGCCAGCUUUGCGCAAGCAACCAAGGAUAAGUUAUUCARACAAGGAUGUGAAAUAYURGUGAACWUGUUGUGCCWAGAUUGUGUUUCUUCAAAUAUCAAAUUCACUAUUGAUCAGACAAUAAAAGAAACACUCUUUCAAUCUCCAAGUGACUUAGAAAAACAUGCCAAAGUACUGAUAAAUGCUGUUAGGGAGGCUAUAAAAGCUUGUGGCAAAGAAAUACCWGAUGAAUUGGUUAGCUGUUUGUGGACCAACUUAGUUGACCAAGUUGAAAGGCUUGUGAGCACAGACAGAAGCAAAAUGUUUGAAUUAUACUUUCUUCCACUGGUGGCCAGUGCUGAAGAAAUCAUAGARGGGAACUACAUAACUCCUACAGCAUGUCUGAAAUUUCUGGAGAGACUUUCCAGUGCAUCCCCUGAUCUACUCAAUAAUCACAAUGCAAGCCUCCAUUCCAAAGAUAAUCCACAAGGAUCAACAGCAGUUCUGAUGUUGCAGCAUCUACUGUCUCCACAAUUAUUGCAAAGUGGACUUAACCUUGAAAGACUUCACACUGGAUUUCAAAACUUCUUCACAAGUGGUAUGAAUGCACCUUCUGGUCAUCUAUUUCAUGUACAGGCAGUAUUGCAGAUAAUGCAGAAUUCAGCAGGUUAUAUCAAUGAUAAGUCUUGUCUUUGGAGACUGUGGAGUCAUGUGGCUGCUUCUCUAGAUGAGUACAUUGUUAAGAGCAAUGAAGUUAACCAAGGAAAUGCAUUGGAACACGACUUCACUGCUGUAUAUCUUGCUUUCAUGUUGCCAGUCAAAGAACUUCUCAAUAACUCUUUAGACCAGGAACAAAUCAGAUUGAUAAACAAGGAUUUAGAAAACCUCUACAGAAGCUUCUCCAGAGCAGCUGGUUUAGUUUCCUCAUUAGACGCUAACUUAUAUGCAGAGGAAUUGUGCUCUAAACUUCUUGCCUAUUGGGAUGAGARCAAGGCCAAGGAUGUAUAUUACUUGUCUGGUAUGGGAAACUUGGUUUCUGUCAUACUGGAAUGCUUGGACUACACUGCUAAAGCACCUUAUAUUAGUAAAUCUCCACUGAAAUCACCUUCAAAAUGGACCAAGAAGAUUCAACAGCCUUUGGGAAACUUUAAAAGUGUUUUACACCUCACAAGUAAAGUUCUUUUAGCUUGUCAUGAUGUAAUAAAAACAAAGAAGACAGAUGACUGUUCUGGUAUCUUUGCAGUUGUUUUAACAAAUAUUGUUGAUAAUCUUUCCUUGUUUUAUCAACAUCUCAAUGGUCCUUCAGUCAUUGCAAGUGCAACAGAUGCUCUUUCACAGUCACUAGUGCCUAUUUUUCAACUGUCACAUCAGAGUACCAAAGAAGUGAAGUCAAAUAUUGAGAAAGCAGUCUUUACCAAGAAGUUUAUUCAAAAGGUUGAGAAGCUGUGGUUAGAUAUUCUUACUAGCGUACAAAGUCGUCAUGGGGAACCUUACAGCAGCGAACUCCUUUCUACAUUGUCUCCUUUAUUGGAAGUGACUCUAAUUCAUCACCGAAGACAGCUAAAAAACCAAUCCAUUCAGUUUUGGAAUUCAACAUUUGCUACUGCAGCAACUUUAACGUACCCAAAUAGCUUAAAGGCUGUUUUGAAGUCUGUGAAAGAUAAAGCUUGUCUGAUUUUACCUGGAUGGAGCGAGGAUAAUUCAAAACAGAGAAGCCCAGCUGAGAUCGAGGAGCCCAGUCAAAUGACGCAGAUAACGCAGGGUUCACCUGUGAGAAUAAAGCCAAUCAUGUUUUUUGGAGGCUCACCUAAAAUUAAGGGAAGUUUUCUGCAUAAGGCAGCUGAAGCGGAAAAAGCAGUAGAAAAAAAUUCACCAAAAAAGCCUUGGACUGAACCACGACUUCCAUCCAAAGCAAAAUCCUCUAAUCGAAAUACGCAUGCUAGAAGAAAACUGCCGCUGUCCGUGUUUGAUGAUGACAGUCAGGAUUAUGUCACGAUUGCACCUUCUCCAACUAAAAAACGACUUCUCACUGAGCAUCAAAAAGAAGUAAUGCGUGAAAAAAGCGUCGUUCCAGCGUUAUAUAAUUUCUUGGAUCAGUCUCAAGAUGCGACGUUUAUGACUCAAGAAACGUUAUGCACUCCUUCACCAGUGGAUGACCUACCUGAGCCUUUAGUUAAAGACUUGAAGUCAGAGCAAACCAACAAGAACAAUGAURAAAMAGAAAWCACAACGAGUAUUCAAAACGCMAGGGAAGAAUCGAGUGAUAAUGAAAACCAGAYAGAUCCAAAAGCAAACCCAGAGCKAGUACAAGAAAURYCAGAAGCUAUGGAAAUAYUUGUUGCCGAAACUCAAAAUAAUGAAACUGAAAGUCAAAUCUCUYUACAAGAGACACCUACCAAAGACCAACCAMUGGCGUCAUCGAAUCAAGAGGAAAUGACGUCACCUGACGUCAUCCCUUCUUCCCAGUUGUCAUCAGAAGGUGYGUCUCCGUGUUUCAAGUCUUUGCGACGAUCUACAAAUGUUGCUGCUGAUAGUAUGGUUGUGUUACUUAAAGACGUGACGGAAAAGGAAAAGUCGUAUCAAAAAGUCACGCAAUACUUUUCCCCAAUAAAGAAAGGAAAUAAAGAUAAUACAGAAAAGGUUGCYGAAGCSAAGACUGAUAGUGAAGUUCCAAAUSAUAUAGACACCGAUUUGGAGAAAUCUGAACUWUUACAAUCAAAGAGCGUGAAAUCUUCUGGGAAAAAGAAAAAAGUCCCGGUACAAAAGCAAGAGAACCCCUCGCCUAUCUCUGGUCGCACGAGGCGAGGGCGUCAGCUGAAGCUGACYACACCAAAGAAACAACCAGRCAAAAACCCUUCCCUUGAAACUGAGAAAGUUGAACAAAUACCAGAAACGGAAUUUUUUUCUGRGACGCAAAAUUCRUCGGAAWUAAWUGACAGUCCUCAGAAGGUUUCAKAUCAGGACAAUCAAMUGCAAGCAACUGAAAWUGUAAAAGAACRAACAGAARCAAAUSUKGAGAAUUUAAACGUAGAAGCAAAAGCUAAACCUCCAGUGCAUGGCGGUCUGUCUUUGAAUACCGACGGAGCAUCAUCACCUGUUUCUUGUGCGAAAAUCAGGUUUAUGAAGCCAAAUACUCAAAGUCCAACCCAGACUUCACUCAAAGCAUUUCAUUCUCCAGUAGCAUCGCCGACUACUAGUAUCCUGAAGAGAUCUACUGGCCGUUACGAUUCUCCUUCACCUCCAAACAAGGUGAGACGUGUAUCGUUUGCACAGCCUCUCGCUCAGGAAGCUGAAAACGAUMGAUGUAUAGAGGCUGCAUUACCAGACAAUCCAAGUGACACGUUUCAACCGCAUGAGACCUCCGCCCAGUCGGCAACUUUGACAACAACACCAUCAAGAUCCGACUCGUCGUCUUUCACUCUCAUCAAACGGAGACGUAAAACCCCAACCAAAGCUGAUGAAGAAAGUGGACCGUGUAUCUACCCUGACCUAGUGGACUGUAGUCUUCCUGUGGAACAGAUCCUACCCACCCUGACAUCAAUCACCUGGUCACGUGGUCUUGGUCACGUGGUGUACGCCCAGAAUAUCCGAACUAUUGGCAACCUGUCGGCACUCAAAGAGCAUCAGAUCAGAAACCUUCCCAUCAAAUCGCCCAAGGUGCAGACUCUGAGAACAGCCCUGCAGAGUUUCCACCAGAAAUCAUCUAAAGGAAUCAAAGCCAAGACGACUCUAUGGACAGGUCAAGAAAAGAAAUCCCACACAAUUAUUAAUGACAGCAUCCCAACUAUCCCAGAAUGCAACGAGCCUGCUGUUGACAAUAGUAAUGAGGCAGAGUCAACGAAGGAACCUCUUACUUCAAAAGAGCAAGAAUUGAAAGAGCACGGAGAAGAAACCAAGAGAUGUGAUUCAAAUGAUAAGAUAACUUGUGAUGAAAGUCGUGCGGAGCAAACUUCGGGGAAAGUGGAGACACACGAAGAAGACGCUGCAACAGCCAAUAGUGACGGCUGUUUUACUCCUCCGCUACCAGUAACCACAWUUGAAAGUCGAAGAGAAAGUGCUGCUGAGAAAGGAAACGUUACGCCGGCAAGAUCAUCUCUAACAGAACCUAUCGUCCUGUUUUCUCAGGAGGAAAGUCAAGAAACUGRAGAUAAUUUCUACGAUGAAGUCAUGUCCAAACUUGACGGAAAAGAUGACGAUAAUGUUGAGCAAAACACUGACGCUGCAGUCAGUGCUGAAAUUACAGAUGAAAAGCAACUUAAAAACAUUAAAAUAGAUGAGRUACCAAGCUUACGUGAUGAUAAAAUACAUAAUGAAACUCAAGUCGGCAACGUGGAAAARUUGCAGUCAUCAGAGUCAGAAGACGAACCGCCAGAGAAAAAAUUCUGCCAGUCGCUGAARUCCAUUGUUGAGAUUGCAACACCAGAAGUUCUUGCUCGCCUUUCAAGUGAAGAUAUAUUUGACGCCCAUAAGAAUUUGACCGAUCUCAUGGCGAGAGUAGGCACUGCUUUGCAGUCAAAGAUGACUGCUUCUUUGUAAAUAAGAUGACUUCWUGUAGCAUGGCAGUUUAAUUGUAUUAAAUUUAAAUGACAUUUUAACUUAGAACUGCUAUACAAUUUCAGUGAUAACUUUAUAAUUGAUAUUAUUAGAAUAAUCUAUUGUAGCAAAUACAUUAUAUGUAGUUUUGUAAAUAAAGAUUUGAUGUUAUUCAACAUUAGAAGUCCUC